AUGACUCUCCCUGUUAAAGUCAAAGGAGAAACCGAGGCAAAGCUGAGCCUCUCGUACCGGUUUAAACGGGAACUAGCUGGUAAUAAUAUCUAUCCUUCUCUGUCAGAUUACUCGUCCGCGUUUCGUUAUCCAACCGUGGAUUCAGGAAGAUCAUGUCCGAACGUCCUUAUUAAUCCGCUGCAGUUUCAAAUCCCCGUGACAAAACUGACACUAGAACUCGUGAUCAAAAUGGCCAAGGACAUAAAAGACGUAAGCUGGAUCCACGGUAUGGACAUGUACGCUUCGGUUAGUGUCCGUGAAGGAACAAUAAUUAAGCACAGGAGCAAUACUUCUAUUGCUUUCGGUGUCUACAAAGACCCGAUAUGGGACCAUGCCAUUAGGUUCUCCCUAGACGAGUCAUUAGCUCGAGGGGGGCGAUUGACCCUUUUCGUGCAACUGAUUAACCACCGGACUAUCCGGGGUGAUAAGGAAAUGGGAAAAGUGGAAGUCCCGGUUCAUGAGCUUUUAAGUUCAUAUAUGCCGUCUACUUUAGUUAACGGAAUGAUGAUGGUGACUCGCGAUGUGAUUGGUCCGUCUGGGAAAGUCGGAACAUUGAGUUUCAGUUAUAGGUUUCUUAAUGAACAAGAAGCUACGAUUCCUCCGACUCCACUUCAACCUACAACUCCGACGACUCCACCAACCACAACGCCCCAACCAUUUAUCAUAUAUGUACCCAUCCCACAUCAGUCAUUUGGGUUACCAAACCAAGUUAAUGGAGCCUCGCCUUACGGGGCAGGUAUACAUCCAGUUUAUAUACAGCCGUCUUAUCAGUCACACGGACACCAACAAUUUCCAACUAUGCCGCCACAUUAG